AUGAAUCUAUCAUUUGUUUCUUUUUUAUCAUGGGGACUUCAAGAAGCCAAACAAUUCUAUUAUGCAAGGUCCGAUUUUGAAUAGAAUAAAAAUAAAUUAGCCUAAUUAAUUACCGAAGUGACAGAAAAAUUGAGAACAUUCGAAUAGUAUUGGCACUAGCUAGAAAACACAAACGAUAACGAAAAUAUAAAUUUCAUAAAGGAAGUUAAGGAUAUAUUAGACCGAAGUAGUUAGUUAAAGAAUUCUUUACCUUCUUAAUAGAGCAUCGUUUAAUGUUACUAGAUGAGGAAAGAAUAAAUAAAUGAGAAACUUUUAGAGACUUUGAACACCUUGGAAGAGUAGAAAAAUAAAAUAGAUCUUUUAGUGUAGAAUACAAGGAAUAUAAUGCAAACAGUUAUAAUUCUUCCACCUAAAUAGGUUAAGAAUAAUUAAAUCUAUAAAAUAUAAUUAAAAUUAAAACUUAAAGCAACUCCUUAAAUAAAAAAAAUAUUUGAUGAUCACCCUCAUCAAUUAAAGACUGAGUAUAAUUAUGAAUUUGAAAUGGAGGAAUCUGGAUCAUCUAACAAAAACAUUUAUACAUUCAAAAGAAAUGAUUUUUCUCUACUUGGUUAAUUUCAAAGUACUCUUGGUCUAAACAUUGAAAGUUUGUCUAAACAGAAUCAUUGCUCUUUGUAAAUGAGAUAUAGGCUUAAUUUUCCGAAUAAGAAAGUUUAAUAAAAUCCUUUGUCAGAGACUCCAACACCAGCAUCUGAAUAAGAAUCAGUUAUCAUUUCAUAAUAGGAUUAAUUUAAUUAUUCUGACAAAUUUUCAUUGUUUUUAAUAGUGAAUGGUAAGAAUGCAGUAAAAAUCAUUCGCGACAAAUCUUCAAUAUCUUUGAAUUUUAAAUAAGAAUUAGAGUUACAAAAGAGUGAUCAAAUAGUGUUUUUUCAAAAUUCUGAGGAUCUCCCGUUGCUUUCAUAUGUAGUUUAGAACAUACAUAUUACAAAGAAACAAGCUUAACCUUAUUUAGAAUAUUAAUAGAAUUGA